CUUAUUUCAUUCCAUCAUUUUCAUGAUUCCUGUAUCCAAAACAGCCACUGUAUUUCUGUUUGUUAACCUUCGGUUUUCCCACCCAAGGAAAUUUUCAACACUGUUUGAUGAUUCCUACUUUCGUUUUCUUUAACUUUUUGUGUCAUUUUCAAUCCAUUCAGAGUUGGCCUAGUCCAAUCAUCAUGCUUGAAUUUCCCCCUAAUCUUAAAUAAUCUUGAGCGCCUCAGCAGUUGAUCUUCCUGGAAGACUCCAACAAUUAGCACGUUCAAGUCAACAAAACCUUUUUUCUUCCAUCUUUGCAACCAUGUUAUUGUUUCUCUAAUCUAUCUAAACACUUUCGGUUUUCCCUUCUUCCUGCCAUGGAUCAGUUUCGGUUCGGUUUCUUCAUAUUAUUAUGUGUUUUCAUGCAUAAGUUCCAUGCUCAGCAAAGCUACUCAGGAAACUCAAUAUUGAAUUGUUCCGAAAAUGAUGAAACAGGCUCAUCUUCAGCCUUUCUUUACACUUGCAAUGGUGAAAAGCCAUCUUGUCAGGCCUUUCUGAUAUUCAAAUCUUAUCCUCCUUAUGACUCAAUCUCAACCAUCUCGAACCUUACAUCUGCAGAUCCAUUGGAGCUUGCACACAUCAACAAUAUUUCACUUUCUACAAUCUUCCCUGCAAACAAAGAGGUGAUUGUUCCAGUGAAUUGUUCUUGUUCAGGUCAGUACUAUCAGGCCAACACUUCUUACAUCAUUCCAAGUAAGCAAGUCGAUUAUUUUUCGAUUGCCAACAAUACCUAUCAAGGGUUGUCGACCUGCAAGUCUCUUAAUAAGGAGAAUAGUGAUUCAGGCUUGCAAGCUGGUUCGGUUUUACAAGUACCACUUAGAUGUGCUUGUCCCACAAGAAAUCAAACAUUAAAUGGUAUUAAAUUUCUAAUGACUUAUGUGGUUCAUUGGGAAGACACCAUCCAUGAUAUCAGUAAGAGAUUCAAUGCUAGUAUGGAAAGUGUUGGUGAUGCAAACGGAAUUGAUUUAGAUGACGCACUUAUUUUUCCCUUUACAACAGUUCUUGUUCCAUUGUCAACCAAACCUUCAAGCUCUCAAACUAUAAUUCACUUUCAACAACCACCCGCUUCUUCACCCACCACUCCAAUAGAUGUGAUCAAAUCCUCAAGGAAAAGAUUCACUGUUUGGCUUGCAAUCGGAGUUCCCUUGCUGGCACUUUUCCUUUUGCUGCUGCUGAUGUUUUUACAUCAUAAGAAAACUAGGGAGGCUGCCAGAAAAGAUAAGAGAAAGAAAUGGGAGUUACCUAAUGAUGUUCUGGUGAGCAUAGAUCAAAAUUUGAAAGUUUACGAUUUCAAAGAUCUAGAGGCGGCUACAGAAAAUUUCAGCAACAAAUACAAGAUGGGUGCCUCUGUUUAUCGAGGUGUUCUCAAGGGAGAAUUGCUAGCCAUAAAACAAAUGAGCAAAGCUGUAGAUAAAGAGGUAAGCUUGCUGCAAAGGAUUAAUCAUUUCAAUCUAAUAAGCCUUCGUGGGGCUUGUGAGCACUCUGGUGUCUUUUACCUUGUUUAUGAGUUCAUGGAGAAUGGUUCUUUAAAAGAAUGGCUUCAAAACAAGAGUUGCCAGAAAUUCCAGGUAUGGGGUUAUAGACUUCAUAUUGCUUUAGAUGUUGCUAAUGGGCUUCAUUAUCUUCACAACUUCACCACUCCAGCAUAUGUGCAUAAAGAUAUUUGUAGUGACAACGUGCUGCUUGAUCGAGAUUUGAGGGCCAAGAUUUCAAACUUCAGUCUAGCACGAUCAGCAGAAAGAGAAGAUAGCAGAAAAUCAUCGAUGUGGAGUUCUCUCGGAACAAAGGGUUACAAGGCACCUGAAUACAUUGAGUAUGGCUUGGUGACACCUGAGAUGGAUAUAUAUGCCUUUGGGGUUCUUCUGCUGGAACUGAUUACAGGAAAGCCAGCAGUUUUUAUGCAGGAUGAAAAGGAAGUACUAUUAUCAGAAAGAAUACUAACAAUCAUGAAAGGAGAGAAUGCAGAUGCUGAAAUUGAUCACAUAAUCGAUCCUAACCUGAAAGGACACCUCUGGAUGAAACUUGCACGCCAGAUGUUGAAAUUGAGCAUCGACUGCUUGGCAGAAGAACCGGAAAGCAGACUGAGCAUGGCUGAAGUAGUUUCAUAUCUGUUGAGAAUUCAACUGGAUGCACAGCGAUCAGAAGAACCCUUUCCAUCGGAAUGGCGUUAAAAGCAUGGAUAAAUAAAAUUAAUAUUUUCAGUAAUGCACAAUUCUUUGUAAAUUGUGUGCAUGUAUAAUGUAUCUGUUGCUUUUCUUCAUUAACAUAAAUAAGACAAGCCAAACAUCUUAAAAAAAUGAAAA